UUCCCAAAAGAUAAACAAAAGGGGGCAAUAUCAGAACAAAGAUUGAACGUCCACCACAUGUAACACUAUGGUGGUUGUCUCCUCUCUCCACUCUCCUUCUUCUUCCUCCUCCAUCUACUGCAACUCAAUCUCUCCCUCUCUUCGUUAUUUUCGACGUUUCUAUACAUUUCCAUCCACAAGGAAUAAUAAUAAAGCAGCUUCCAACUCCAAUGGCGGUGCCGUCUUGCUCGUCAAGGCGUAUAUGGAUGAGACCACAAAUCCAAUUUCCAGUUUCGCUAAUAAGGUCAUCGGUUCACUCCCUGUUUUUGGUCUCAUAGCCAGAAUUGUGAAUGAGGAAGGUGGUGUUGGUGGUGAUUUUAUUGAUUUUGCUGAGUUCAGGAGGCGAGUCGGUAACAAGUGCUCCAUUAAUGAUUCAAGAGCUUUUUAUGAAUUUCGAGAUCGACGUGGCAAGACAGGGGAUCCUCUGUAUGUGCUACUGUGCUGUUGGUUAGCUGCUGUAGGAGCUGGUUUACUCAAAUCUGAGGAAAUUUUGGAAGGGGUAUCAAGGCUUAGUUUAGCAAAUGAUAUUGAAUUUGAAGAGCAAAACUUCAUUGCAAUGAUGAAUGAAGCAAGAGAGAAGCGAUCAAAGUUGGGAGCUCCUGCACCUACAAUCCCCAUGGAAUUUCGUGCUGAGAAAGCUCUGGAAGCUAUACAUUUGUGUUGCUAUGGAAGGGAUCUGAUAGAAGAAGAAGAUGAAAAACUGCUAAGUACCAUGCUUAAUGCUGUCUUUCCUACAGUUGGGCAGCAAAAGGUAGAAAUCAUUGUCAAAGAGAAGGCAAAGAGAGUGGCAGAUGGAACUGAAGAUAUCAAAUAUACAGAGCCCAAGCAAUUAUCAAAAGAAGCAGUUCAGCUGCAAAUGAAAGACCUUGAAUUUCUUAAGCAAAACAGUUUGAAUCAGUGAGGCAUGAAACUUGUUAUCAUUCUCAAAGUAAAUUUAGGUACUGGUGACUAACACCAACAGGAAGACUAUCCCACAAACAUUCGGUAUAGGAAAUCACAGGCACAUGUCAUGAAUGACAAAUCUUCUUCGCACAAUGCUGCCAACUAAUUAAA